UGAAAAAACAAAUAUACCAUAGUAACAGAGAGACAACAAGCUUCUAACCAAAUUCUCAAUCUUUUGUAUGAAGAUAAGUUAAGGAUACCGUAUAUUUAUUAUAGUGCUGAGUUAGUGUUAUAAAAUUAAAAUUUGUAUGAACUGAGAAUUAUAAAGUGGGGAUGUCUCAACAUUGGCAUGUUCAUUGGGCUGACGAACCUUUUAAACCAAAAAGAUUACAAAACUGGGAAGUUCCUAAUUGGCAUCCAGCUUGGCCUGAUAGACACUGUAUUACAACUGAAUUUUAUGCUGAUAAUAAGGGACAUAUAUUGGCAGGUCGAAAGAGAUCUUUGCAAUCUCCUUGGGGAAAUUUUAUAGACACAUGGCAUCUGCCACGAAAAAUUAAUAGGCGUCUUGCCGAAGAAUUAUCUGCACCUCCAAAUUAUAAGAAAGUUGCGUGGGCUGCACAUUGUGCAAGACAUCGUGCUAUAUGUAAUGCGAUUAACCCAAAAUCACCAAAAAAUUUUAAUGAAACAAACAAACAAAAACAGGAGAUGUUACAGAAUAAAACGAAUAUUAAGUCAGAGGAAGAGAAAGAUGAAGAUGAAGAUGAAGAUAACAAAGAUAAUAUCAGUUGUACAAUUGAUAAUUUUACGAAUAUGAGCAUUAAGAGCGAGGAUAUUUCAAAAUCAAAUUCUGAGAAUUGUCAUGCAAACACUUGCUUCCAGCACCAAAUGCGUAAAAUAUAAAAUUGUAAUUUCAUUGGCAUUCAAUUAUUCUACUAUGCAAAUCCUUUUGGUACAAUUACAAAAUAAUUUCUUACCCCGUUA